AUGUCGAUCAAUAUGAACUCCCGCCACUGGUUACCGCGAUGGCUUCUCUUAACAGGAAGCUUAAUUAUGGGUGUUAUCAGCCAAGAUGUGGUCAUCGUCACAGUUGAGACGACCGUCAAAGCAACGAGUACCGUCUACGAUGCGCCUACUGUCCCCAGUCCAGCAUCCUAUACCUCUCUUCCGGAUUUCAAAGAAACCGUCCUGCAGGCCAGUAAUGAGUACCGAGGUGCUCAUGAAGCGGUGGAUAUAGUCUGGAAUGAGACGCUGGUGGAAUAUGCCCGAAAAUGGGCGGAGACUUGCAUCUGGAAACACUCUGAUGGUCCAUAUGGGGAAAAUCUUGCAUUCGGAUAUGCCAAUGCCACUGCUGCAGUAGAGGCGUGGGGGGAUGAAGGAGAGCUAUACAACUUCGAGAAACCCACCGGAUUCACCGAGGCGACAGGGCAUUUUACGCAAUUGGUUUGGAAAGCCACAGAAGAGGUUGGGUGUGCGGCUGUGAAUUGUGGAUAUACUGAGGAUAUGUCAAAAGUCAGGCGAGACGGGGAGAAGUUGGCAUCCAGAACUGCGGCGGAUGGAAGCUCGAGGGCGCAGGGCUGGUAUGUUGUAUGUGAAUACACGCCAGCGGGCAACGUGGUUGGGGACCAUGAUGUGUAUUUCAAGAAGAACGUGUGGCCGAGCUAUUCGAAAACGGGCUCAAAUUCCUCUUCCUCUGCCUCUGCCACUGAAACUGCCUCAGGGUCGGUCUCUACAGCGACAAGUCGACCAAAUAAAGGUGCAACGACUAUGCAAAACAGCGUGGAAUCCACGGUAUGCAUGAUGUUCCUAGCGCUUGGGGUGGUGGGGGUUGGAAUGAGCCUGUAUACUUAA